AUGAAGGCGCGCGUCGCUGCCACAGAGCGCCCGCCGCCGCAGUCGCUCGCCGCCAGUGUCGCCGAAUGCGUUGCGGCCGCGCGGCGCCAGCUCCAGAACCACCCACAGGAAAGGGCGUCCCAAACCCACCCGUUGCACCAGCAUCAGCAACACCAGCCCCACCCGCAAUAUCAGCAGCAGCAGCAGCAGCAGCAGCAGCAGCAGCAGCAGCAGCACCAGCACCAGCACCAGCAGCACCAGCAGCAGCCGCAGCUGCGCGACCUGGAGUCGGAGCUGCGCGUGGUCAAGGCCGUGCGCGCCCGCGAGGAUGCGCUUGACAAGCUCAGCGUCUGCUGCACGAAGCUUGCCGCGCAGGCGGCUGCAGGGGUGGGCGGUCGUGGUGGCGGCAGCAUCUGCGGCCGCGGCUUUGACCCGCUGCUGGUGGUGUCGGACCCCCUGGCGUCGCUGUUUUUCCGGAUGGUGGCCACGCUGCGGGCGCGCACUCUGGAUCUUGUUGAGGAGGUCGCUGCGUGGCAGCGGCACGCCGGCGGCGGAGGGGACGCCGUUUUCUGGCACCGCGGCCACGACUGCCUCUCCGGCCUGGGCGCCAGCCUGGCCUUCCUGGAUGGCUACCCGUUUAUAUCUCGGCGGCUGGCGCCAUCUGGGCCGGUGGAGGCGGACCCUUUCCUGACGCACCUCACGCCAGACAGGGUGCCUUUGGAAGAGGCCGGCGCGAGCGAUGCGGCGCGGAAAGAAUGA